CUGAAACCCUAUAUUAGCUUCUUUUUUUCUUUUAGUAGCCAGCACAAGUGGUGUGGAGUAAGCACACCAUAAGUUGUCUUUACGCUUCUAAGUGCCUAAACCUUGACUGACUAGCCUUAAAUACUCGUUAGUUUUGCAUACAUUUUCGAAGUGCACACAAACCUUAAAGCCAGACCUGCUUGGUCUGCUCUCAAAUUAAUUGCAGACCUGCUUCUGGGCAGGCUCCUCCGCAGAUAUGACACGAAGCAUAGAGGAAGAGCCUUUGGUGGAUGGGCCCCUGAUCUCUGCGGAUGCCCUCCACUCUGCCAUCAGGAGAGAGUUUCAGACUGUGCCAACACACUGCCAUGCCAUCCUGCUGACUCUGCUGAAUGUGGUUUAUGUUGUGUUGUCUGUCUGCGUGGCAGUGCUGUGUGUAUUAAAAUUCGGCCAAGAGGAAGUGUGUAAGAGUAUUUUGGGGAGAGUCCAAGGCGACAGCGUCAUCGUGUUCGCAAAGUCAUGUUUAUGGAUUCUGGUGCUGGUGUUCACAGGCUGCGUGCAUCACCACCACAGUCGUGCUCGGAGCAGAGGAUACCUGCGGUUUUACAGACAAAUGCAGAGGCUGAAACAGGUGCCGUUCAUCAUACACUCUGCAGGAAACGCUCUGCUUAUGACUCUUCUGGCUGCGAGAUUACCACAGACUGUACACGUCUACGUGCUGCUCAGUAUUCUGGGAUUUGAGGUCUUGUUGACAUUGCCAUACCUGCUGUAUUACAUAGUUAAAGUGAUGCGGUUCAACAGAGAGCGCGCUGCACCAGAUGUGAGCCAGGAAGAGCUUUCACACACCUACAGCGUCACCAACGCACCGACUGAGACGGGAUUCAGAGGAAGCUCUAAUCUGGAGGAGGUGGUGGAGAAACAGGCCGAUCUGAUCGAGUACCUGAAACAGCACAACACCAUACUGAGCAAGAGGCUGCUCAACCUCACUGCACAGCACUAACCACAGUUUGGCCUCUUCCUCGAUGCCAGACGAGGACACCCUCCAACACUCUGGGGAAAAAGAGCCUGAUCAUUUAACUCUACAAGGAAUUUUAAAAAAGCAAUUGGAGGCUUUAAAAGAAGGGGAAGCUGUGGGCAAAUGCACCUGUACACACAGACUGAGUGAGAGGGCUCCUCUGUGGGGCAUCUUCACCUGAAAUGGACAGAUAAAGGAGGAGGAGGUGAACUGAAAGCGGGAGGGCAGUUAAAGAGGCAGAGGGGAGAAGUCGUGGGUCACAGAUCAGAGGUGGGCGGGGGGGUUAUCACUGUGCCACGACCCCCGGUGACCCACGUGUGCUGCCGCUUUUUGUUGCUGUGAAAGAAACAGAGCGGUGAAAUUGUUCUAAAGAUCAUCUUCACCGAGCAGGGAGAGGUUGUCACUUAUCAGCAUCAAACUAAACGAGAGCGGUUAAACCAUGCUGUAAAACGUGUAAGUGCUUUUUAUGUAUCUAAAAAUGUGUGUGCCGGUGGUUUAUUUGGGGAGUGUGUUUCUUUGUUCAGUCACUGGAAUAGUUUGUGAUCAGAUUUCAAUAAAUCUUUAAUAUUCUUGUGA